CAAACUCACUCGGAAAGUGGAUACAUUUUUCCCGCUUGCUCAACGAGACCUCACCAUUUCCAAUUAUUUUCAGCCAAGAAAUUCGCUACAGGAAAUCCGUUCCAGACUAAAUGCUCAACAAUGUGUUCUAUCCACCUCUAGCCCGACCAUGUCUGAACCGGGUUCUGGUUGUGGUGUUCCAGCCCAGAGAAGCUCACAGCAGAGUCCAGAGUUGCUGUCAGUGAAGCUGGGGGACUGCAGUCAAACAGUGGAACUCAAUGUGAUUGUCAAAGACGAGGAGGAGGAGAGAGAAAUCAAUGAGGGGGAGGAGGAAGAGAGAGAGGAGGACAGGGCCUCUGUUGACUCAGGAGAGAUCCCCAACUCAGACUCAGUCAACAAGCCCAGUUCCACAGCAUCAAGACUACCUGGACAUGGGAGUUAUUCGUGCCCUCAAUGUGAGAAGAGUUUCAGUUCCUCAACUAUUCUAAAGAAUCAUCAAAGAGUACACACUGGAGAAAAACCUUUCCACUGCUCUGCAUGUGGAAAGAGUUUCAGUGAGAAAGUAAACCUCAAGAGACACGAGAGAGUACAUAGUGGAGAGAAGCCUUACCACUGCACCCAAUGUGGGAAGAGCUUCAAUCAUUCUGGAAGCCUUAAGGAACACCAAAGAGUACAUACAGGGGAGAAACCUUACCACUGUGCUCUUUGUAGGAAGCAUUUCAGUCAGCCAGGAAGCCUUAAGAAACACCAGAGAAUUCAUACAGGGGAGAAACCUUACCACUGCUCACAGUGUGGAAAGAAUUUUCGUUUCGCAGGAGACCUAAAGAGUCACCAGAGAUCACACAGUGGAGAGAAGCCUUACCACUGUUCUCAGUGUGGCGAGGGAUUCACUCAGCUCAGGCGUCUUAAACGUCAUCAGAGGAUACACAUUGGAGGGAAGCCUGUCUGUGUUUUAAAUGUGAUUGUCAAAGAGGAGGAGGUUGAGAGGGAAAUCAAAGAGGAGGAAAAGCGAGAAGUUGAGGAAGAGGAGGACAAUAGUGGUAUAGUUGACCCAGAUACAUCAACAUUGCCUGGUUGUAGUCUUUACCCCUGCCAUCAAUGUGGGAAGAGUUUCCGUUCCUCAAGUAAUCUACAGAAUCAUCAAAAAGUACACACUGGAGAAAAGCCUUACCAUUGCUCUGAGUGUGGGGAGGGAUUCACUCAGCUACUACGUCUUAAAAGUCAUCAGAGAAUAUACAAUGGAGGGAAGCCUGUUUGUGCGUUAAAUGUGAUUGUCAAAGAGGAGGAGGUUGAGAGGGAAAUCAAAGAGGAGGAAAAGCGAGAAGUUGAGGAAGAGGAAGACAAUAGUAGUGUCGUUGACCCAGAUACACCAAGACUGCCUGAUCGUGGUCGUUACCCAUGCCAUCAAUGUGGGAAGAGUUUCCGUUCCUCAAGUAAUCUAAAGAAUCAUCAAAGAGUACACACAGGAGAGAAACCUUACCACUGCUCCCAAUGUGGGAGGGGUUUCAGUGAGAAGGUAAAUCUUAAGAGACAUGGCAAAGUACAUAGUGGAAAGAAGCCUUAUCACUGCACCCAAUGUGAGAAGAGCUUUAAUUAUUCAGGAAGCCUUAAGGAACACCAGAGAAUACAUACAGGGGAGAAGCCUUACCACUGCUCUCUAUGUGGUAAGAGUUUCAGUCAGCCAGGAAACCUUAAGAAACAUCAGAGAAUACAUACAGGGGAGAAGCCUUACCACUGCUCUCUUUGCGGUAAGAGUUUCAGUCAGCCAGGAAACCUUAAGAAACAUCAGAGAGUACAUACAGGCGAGAAGCUUUACCACUGCUCUCAUUGUGGGGGUGGUUUCACUCAGCUAAGAAGUCUUAAAAGUCAUGAGAAAAUACACAUUGGAGGGAAGCCUGCCUGUGCUUUCAAUGUGAUUGUCAAGGAGGAGGAGGAGGAGGAAGAGGAGGAGGAAGAAAAGAAAGAAGUUGAGUGAGAGGAGAGCGACGUGAAAUAAAGGUGAAGUGAGAAUAGAUAAGCAACUCUAUAGUUAUUGAAAUUCACACCUAUCCUUGCAAUUGCAUCUUCUGUGACAGCAUGGUCAUGGGCAGCACCAUUUGAGUUUUAAAAAUCAGUAAGGGUUUUCCUGCACAACUGUAAAAUCAGACUGUAGUCUUGUCACAGCCAGGUCAGCAGUCGAGGUAAUUCCGUAACGUAAUAGUAUCAUCCCUAUUGAGAUGAGAUCGAGACCAGAUUGUUAACAACUAUAGUGGUUGCUGUAGUAGUGCUAUUCCCAGGCCUAAAGCCUUUUACAUGAGAUCGAGACAAGAUCGUUAACAACUAUAGUGGUUGCUGUAAUAGUGCUAUUCCCAGGCCUAAAGCCUUCACAUGAGAUCGAGACAAGAUCGUUAACAACUAUAGUGGUUGCUGUAGUAAUGCUAUUCCCAGGCCUAAAGCCUUUACAUGAGAUCGAGACAAGAUCGUUAACAACUAUAGUGGUUGCUGUAAUAGUGCUAUUCCCAGGCCUAAAGCCUUUUACAUGAGAUCGAGACAAGAUCGUUAACAACUAUAGUGGUUGCUGUAAUAGUGCUAUUCCCAGGCCUAAAGCCUUUACAUGAGAUCGAGACAAGAUCGUUAACAACUAUAGUGGUUGCUGUAAUAGUGCUAUUCCCAGGCCUAAAGCCUUUUACAUGAGAUCAAGACAAGAUCGUUAACAACUAUAGUGGUUGCUGUAGUAGCCUGAUUGGUUUACAUUAACAAUACAUGUCUCAUUGUAAACCAGGUUGCCAGUCCGGGUCUAAGCCUGUGUUCCUGGCCUUGACCCAAGCAUUAUUUAUUUAAUGAAUUAUUUCUGAACAAGAUACCACCUCCUAAUGUACUGCAGUGUGUACAGUCUGAACAAGAUACCACCUCCUAAUGUGCUGCAGUGUGUACAGUCUGAACAAGAUACCUCCUCCUAAUGUGCUGCAGUGUGUACAGUCUGAACAAGAUACCACCUCCUAAUGUGCUGCAGUGUGUACAGUCUGAACAAGAUACCACCUCCUAAUGUACUGCAGUGUGUACAGUCUGAACAAGAUCCCUCCCCCUAAUGUACUGCAGUGUGUAUCAUCUGAACAAGAUACCACCUCCUAAUGUGCUGCAGUGUGUACAGUCUGAACAAGAUACCACCUCCUAAUGUGCUGCAGUGUGUACAGUCUGAACAAGAUCCCUCCCCCUAAUGUGCUGCAGUGUGUACAGUCUGAACAAGAUAGCACCUCCUAAUGUACUGCAGUGUGUACAGUCUGAACAAGAUCCCACCUCCUAAUGUGCUGCAGUGUGUACAGUCUGAACAAGAUACCACCUCCUAAUGUGCUGCAGUGUGUACAGUCUGAACAAGAUACCACCUCCUAAUGUGCUGCAGUGUGUACAGUCUGAACAAGAUACCACCUCCUAAUGUACUGCAGUGUGUACAGUCUGAACAAGAUACCACCUCCUAAUGUACUGCAGUGUGUACAGUCUGAACAAGAUACCACCUCCUAAUGUACUGCAGUGUGUACAGUCUGAACAAGAUACCACCUCCUAAUGUGCUGCAGUGUGUACAGUCUGAACAAGAUACCACCUCCUAAUGUGCUGCAGUGUGUACAGUCUGAACAAGAUACCACCUCCUAAUGUACUGCAGUGUGUACAGUCUGAACAGGUACAAAGCCAAGGUUGGUGAUUUACUGCUUCCUGCAGUUAUGGAAUGUUAGCUCAGGACUAUAAUUCAUUGGUUGACUCCUCCUCCUGACCUCCUCCUGACCUGGAUGGAAUUAUACGACCUGGAUAUAGUGCACUACAUUUGACCAUGAUUUUUGGAAUGAGAUGUUGGACGAGCAGGUGUCACACUACAUCGGUUGCCACUACAAACGUAUCUUCCUUUAUCUACUACCAGACAGAGAAACGCUCCAUUUUCACAUCUGCUGAUGUUGGGUUGGUGCUUGAGAUUAUGAAUAUGUAGUAGAAUGUUUUUGAAAUGUCCCUUUAAAGGUACGUAUGCCCAUGUACACGACUAACAUUUAAAUGUAGAACAGUUGACAGUAGCAUAAUCUAUAUUUGACUUGAGCUGAAUACUGGGGCUGACUCUACAUAUAGUAUAUACUGGGGCUGAGUCUAUAUAUAGUAUAUACUGGGGGCUGAGUCUAUAUAUAGUAUAUACUGGGGGCUGAGUCUAUAUAUAGUAUAUACUGGGGGCUGAGUCUAUAUAUACUAUAUACUGGGGGCUGAGUCUAUAUAUACUAUAUACUGGGGGCUGAGUCUAUAUAUAGUAUAUACUGGGGGCUGAGUCUAUAUAUAGUAUAUACUGGGGGCUGAGUCUAUAUAUAGUAUAUACUGGGGGCUGAGUCUAUAUAUAGUAUAUACUGGGGGCUGAGUCUAUAUAUAGUAUAUACUGGGGCUGAGUCUAUAUAUAGUAUAUACUGGGGGCUGAGUCUAUAUAUAGUAUAUACUGGGGGCUGAGUCUAUAUAUAGUAUAUACUGGGGGCUGAGUCUAUAUAUAGUAUAUACU